UGAUGGGUGUGUGUGUGAGGAAGGAUAACAAAGAAAGAGGAGACUAGUUCUUAAGCGAACAAGAGAAGCAAAGGAAAAGAGAAAGAAGGAGCGAGCAGAAUAAGGUGUCUCUCUUGGACUGAUUCGCUUCAAUCGCAUCUCUAUUACCACUCUCUCAUCUCUUCUCUUCUCUUCUCUUCCCUUCUCCCACACCAUUCAUAAAACUUCAUGGCCGUUCAAGCUCAAUAUCCAUCCAAUCUUCUCUUUCUAAACAGGAACAACGGCCAAGAACUCCUUCAGUAUUCAUUGCAGCAACAACAACAACAACAAGGUUCUCUUUUCACCCAACCCCAUAUGCUAUACAACAACAACCACGACAAUGGAAGUAACAACGUCGUCAACAACAACAACAAUAAUAAUUCUCGCAAGAGGGGCAGAGAAGACUCCACUGUUGCAAACAACACAAUCACCACAACACCUUCUAAUCUUAUUAAUCCCUUCUCUUUACAAUCUCAACCCCCACAGCUUAUUCAUCUCUCUCAGUUACAUAAUCAUCAGCAGAAUGUCGUCUCUACUGGUCUCCGCUUAUCCUUCGAUGACCAACAACAUCAACAGAGACUACACCUUCAUCACAAUCAACAACCUCAACAACAACAACUAUCACUGCAUGCCUCUCACUCUUCUGCUUUCUCAUCUCUGUUAUCCCAAGCCUUCGCUUCUCAAAUCAAACAACAACGUGAUGAAAUUGAUCAAUUCCUCCUCGCCCAGGGGGAACAACUGCGGCGGACAUUGGCGGAGAAGAGGCAGAAGCAUUACAACGCGCUGCUGAGCGCGGCGGAGGAGGCGGUGGCACGGCGGCUCAGAGAGAAGGAGGCGGAAGUGGAGAAGGCCACGCGCAAGAACGCAGAGCUAGAAGCACGGGCGGCCCAGCUGAGCGUGGAGGCGCAGGUGUGGCAGGCCAAGGCCCGGGCCCAGGAAGCAACAGCGGCCACCCUCCAGGCCCAACUGCAGCAGACCAUAAUGUGUCAGGGCGGCGAGGAAGCGGCUGCCGGCGUGUCGUGCGCCGUGGAAGGCCAGGCUGAGGACGCGGAGUCUGCCCACAUCGACCCAGAGCGCGUGGUGUUAGCCGCGGCGCGUCCGAAAUGCAGGGGGUGCACGAAGCGCGUGGCCUCGAUCGUGGUUUUGCCGUGUCGGCACUUGUGUAUCUGUACAGAAUGCGAUGCGCAUUUCCGAGCGUGCCCAGUUUGUCUCACACCAAAGAAUUCAACCGUUGAAGUUUUUCUCUCUUAACAACAAACCCUCUCAAUUUACUUAAUUACCCUCACCCUUUCUUUGUCCAUAGCACUGCCAUCCAAACAGGCACCAAAACAAACUUCCUCAUCAAACAAAAUAUAAAUAAAAUAAAAUUACAUUUUUGUUCCUCUCUUAAACUCACAUGAAGAAGAAGAAGAUGAAGAAGGUGAAAUUUCACUUCAUUGUUUUCUAAUAGUAAAGUUACUUCCUGCCAUGUACAACACCACGUGACUGGCAGACCCAUUUUAUUUUUACCUUUUGCCUGGGAUUUCAAUGGUUUUUGAUAUAUAAUAUUAAUUAAUAUAUAUAAUAUAUUCUUUCAUUGAAUAAUUGUUUUUCAUUUCUAAAAUGUGGAUGAUCUAAAUUAAUGUUACAGAGUUUUGAGAAGUUUGUUGGGUAGUGAUGUUUUUGUUUCACUUGGAUUAAUUAAUAAAGUUUGUGUUGCGUGUUAAAUUAAUAUUUGAUUUUUCUUUUUUCUUUUUCUCAUUGAUUGUAUGUGAGGUAUGGGUCUGGCUCAGGUGAAAAUGGUUUUUCAGUUGUCAAUUUGAGGGGUAAUGUAAUGUCUAUGCUUGCAUAUGCAGUUAAUAGCAUUUCUUUUUCUUUUUCUUGUUUUUUUAACUUGCAAGGCAUGAGAGCAUGGAGCAGCGUAUUACAGGGUGCGGAAAAGAUGGUUAAAUUAUAGAAACUGAUUUUAUUGUGUGGCACUGAAAUUGUCUUUUGAAACUGACUUCAAAUAUUCUCUAGUCACCCACUAUAAGGUAGGAAUGCUGCAUUGCAUAUUAUUUCGAUAAAGCAUAUCAUUUGCUUGAGAAUGCUUUUGGCUGCUUUUUUUUUCUCUUCUCUGUUUGAGGAUUCCAUGUGGAAUUGACAAGGGAUAGUAAUUCUUUUAAUUUCUGAUGUAUGAUUGAUGAAAGACAAAUAUUCCAAGAAAUAAAGUGAAUAUUAUGUUGA